UGUGAUUGAGAAGUGGAUGGACGGAGAUGUUCCCCCCACUACUGCUCUUACUCCUAUGAAAACAUGAAGUCAUGCACAUUCACUCGUGAGGGUUUUGAAAAAACAAAACAAAAGGAAGCCUUGGCUUUUACGACAGGUUCGCGUGAUAACAACAGUGAUAACUAGUGUCCGUCGUUAGGUGGCGCUGUAAAGUCACUUGUGGCCUGAGCUCCGGGGGCGCAGAGCGGCGGUGCUCCAGCUCCAGCUCCAGCUCACAGCGAGCCCAGCCCCCAACACGACUAACCGGCCUGCCUCGGCUCAACACGGUGGGGGGGACGCGGCAGUUGCUGAAGCCCCUGUUCUCGCAGCUGGCUUCUUCCCGACUGAAGGGCAGUCGAUGGACCGUUUCCUCUCCGUCUGCUGGGAUCGUACUACACACCGGUUAACACGGUCUUCUACGCAGCUUCCGUGACACAAGUGUUAACCAGCGGUUGCUAGGCACAAAGGCGUUCAGUCGGUUACUAGCCGAUGUUAGCUAACGGUAACUAGCUUGCUAACAACACAGCCGGCGGGGACGAGCACAGCCUUUACGCGGGUUCACCUCCGCUCCCUCUCUGUGGGAUACGGUCGCUGUUCUCUGUGACCUCCGUCGAGUGCGUGUGUUACUGGUCCACUCGUGACUGGGAUUCCUAAAGCGAUGUUUCUGCAUAGAGGAGUUGGCUGCAUGUUUUUCAGCUAGCGUCGGUCUAAUACCGGGAUGGUGGCGGUGGCUAAACAUGCUAACGUCGCGCCGUCUGUGUGAACAAGUGAGUGCAAGAAGUGAGGAAACGCUGUCGCCGAACGAGGAGGUGUUGUUUUUGAUUCUGAUCAUUGUCACCCCGGACACGGACCUGACAACAUUUGAUCACAGCCGAACGGACUCUGGGAAUAUAGCUAACAUGUCGAAGGGAUUAUAAGUGUCUCUUAAGUGGAUUUCGGCCUCGUCUUCAGGGUCGUCGUGGGAACUCGGUGUGUGUUUUGACAUUGGCUCAGCCCACUCCCACGAACUAUUCUGUCCCAGCGACCUUCCACGCUGCUUCAACCUCCGAUGCGGAGAUUUCAGUAGCACGGGCGACCCCCCCCCCCCCCCCCCCCCCCCGGCGACCCGACAUGCUGAAGUGUAUCCCGCUGUGGCGCUGCAACCGCCACGUCGAGUCGGUGGACAAGCGGCAUUGCAACUUGCAGACAGUCCCCGACGAGGUGUUCCGCUACAGCCGCAGCCUGGAGGAGCUGCUCCUCGAUGCUAACCAACUCAAAGAGCUCCCCAAGCCCUUCUUCAGACUCCUGAACCUACGGAAGCUCGGCCUGAGUGACAAUGAGAUCCAGAGGCUCCCACCUGAGGUGGCCAACUUCAUGCAGCUGGUGGAACUGGACAUCUCCAGAAACGACAUUCCUGAGAUCCCAGAGAGCAUCAAAUUUUGCAGGGCCUUGGAGAUAGCAGACUUCAGUGGAAACCCCCUGUCCAGAUUGCCAGAUGGUUUCACUCAACUCCGAGCGCUGGCUCACUUGGCACUCAAUGAUGUGUCAUUACAGACGCUGCCCAACGACAUUGGAAACCUCGCCAACCUGGUGACGUUGGAGCUCAGAGAGAACCUGCUGAAGUCUCUGCCCUCGUCGCUCUCUUUCCUGGUGAAACUGGAACAAUUGGACUUGGGCAGCAAUGAACUUGAAGUUUUGCCGGACACCCUCGGUGCCCUCCCCAACCUGAGGGAGCUGUGGCUGGACCGUAACCAGUUGUCCUCAUUACCACCAGAGCUAGGGAACCUCCGGAGACUGGUAUGUCUGGAUGUGUCAGAGAAUCGUCUGGAGGAGCUUCCUUCAGAGAUCAACGGUCUCCUGGCUCUUACCGACCUGCUGCUCACACAGAACCUGCUGGAGGUCAUCCCAGACAGCAUAGGUUGUCUGAAACAGCUGUCUAUACUGAAGGUGGACCAGAACAGACUGAGUCAACUGACUGAUUCAAUAGGAGAGUGUGAAAACCUCACAGAACUCGUAUUGACAGAGAACCUUUUACAAUCCCUUCCUCGCUCUCUGGGCAAGCUGAAGAAGCUGACCAACCUGAAUGUAGACCGCAACCGUUUGGGCAGCGUGCCCAAAGAGCUGGGCGGGUGUGCCAGCCUCAACGUUCUCUCACUGAGAGACAACCGCCUGGGCAAACUACCUGCUGAGCUUGCAGAUGCUACUGAGUUGCAUGUGCUGGAUGUGGCUGGAAACAGAUUACAAAACUUGCCUUUUGCCCUGACAAACCUCAAUCUGAAGGCCAUGUGGCUCGCAGAGAACCAGUCGCAGCCAAUGCUGAAGUUCCAGACAGAGGAUGAUGAGCGAACAGGAGAGAAGGUCUUGACCUGCUACUUACUGCCCCAGCAGCCUUCCCCCAGCCUGGAAAACUUACUACAAAACAGUGUGGAUGACAGUUGGACAGACAGCAACCUGAACCGAGUGUCAGUCAUUCAGUUCCAGGAAGAGACCAAGGCUGAGGAGGAGGAUGAUGAGGCUGCUGCAGAGCGCAGAGGUCUUCAGCGCAGAGCCACGCCACACCCCAGUGAGCUGAAGGUGAUGAAGAAGGUGAUUGAGGAGAGAAGGAAUGAGGCUUACACCACCAGAGCUGAUGGAGAGGAAGAGUCCCUUGACCCACAGGGGAAACGGCUCAGUGACCUCUCCAAUCAGAGCCACGACUCCCAGGUCUCCAACAGCACACUGUCGGCCACCUCGCAGAGGGAGGACCUUGUGGAUGGACUCUCCCCUCCCGAGGAGGAUGAGUUGGAUGAGAUGGAGGUGGAGUACAUUGAGCCCACUGUGCACUUUGCAGAAGAGCCCAUCAUCCGUGGUGGGGAUGAGGAGGACGAUGAGGAUGGCGAAGAUGGUGAGAGGAGCGAUGAGGAAGACGAGAGACUGUCUUUUCCUGCAGAGAAGCAGCGUCUAAUCAGAAAGGACACGCCACAUUACAAGAAGCAUUUCAAGAUCACCAAGCUGCCCAAGCCCGAGGCUGUGGCCGCGCUGCUGCAGGGCUUCGGUCCGGACAGCCUCAACUUGCCGACACAGGCAGCUGAGGAUCAGGAGGAAGAGCAGCAGCAUCACAGAAUGGAAGAGCUGGAGGACAGCCGGCAACAGGUCAACUCCAGUCAAGUGAAGGGGGUGUCAUUUGAUCAAGUCAAUAAUCUGCUGAUUGAACCUGCUCGAAUUGAGGAGGAAGAGCACACCCUGACCAUCCUGCGACAAACAGGCGGCCUGGGUAUCAGUAUUGCUGGAGGGAAAGGAUCCACACCUUAUAAGGGAGAUGACGAGGGAAUCUUCAUCUCUAGAGUAUCUGAAGAGGGUCCUGCAGCCAGAGCAGGGGUGAAAGUUGGAGACAAACUCCUCGAGGUGAAUGGAGUAGACCUCCAUGAAGAAGAACAUCACACAGCGGUGGAAGCUCUCCGUAGCUCUGGUGCUACAGUGUCCAUGACAGUGCUAAGGGAGCAUAUGGUGGAACCAGAGAACGCCAUCACCACCACGCCACUGAGGCCAGAGGACGACUACUUUCCAAGGGAGAGACGCAGCAGCAGCAUCGCCUACAACAUGGAGACGAGUCUCAGUGGGCCUCAGCAGCGGCUGUCCACCUGCUUGUUCCGCAACGACAAGGGGCUGGGAUUCAGCAUCGCAGGGGGCAAAGGCUCCACGCCGUACCGCACAGGAGACAUGGGAAUCUAUCUCUCUCGCAUUGCAGAGGGUGGAGCGGCACACAGAGAUAGCACUCUGCGAGUCGGCGACAGGGUGAUCUCUAUCAAUGGUGUAGACAUGACAGAGGCCAGGCAUGACCAAGCAGUAGCGCUCCUUACCGGCACCUCCCCCACAAUCACUCUCCUGGUGGAGCGAGACCUGAAUGCACCAGGGGGCUCUCCAGGUCAAUCCCGGGCACGAGCCCACUCCCCUCCUCCCCCAGAACCCUCCGAUUCUCCGGACCAGGAAGAGGAAGGCCUUUCGCUUCAUGGCAAUCACCUGAGUCGGAUGGAAGACGAGUACCCAAUUGAGGAAGUGACCCUGGUGAAAUCGGGUGGCCCUCUUGGCUUGAGCAUCGUGGGAGGCAGUGAUCAUGCCAGUCACCCAUUUGGCGUCAAUGAGCCCGGGGUGUUCAUCUCAAAGGUGAUACCUUUGGGUCUGGCAUGCGAGAGUGGGCUGCGUAUAGGCGACCGUAUAUUAGAGGUGAACUCCAUUGACCUGCGUCAUGCCACUCACCAAGAGGCUGUGCGAGCCCUGCUGGCCAACAAGCAGGAGAUCCGUAUGUUGGUACGGAGGGACCCUUCACCACCUGGGAUGCAGGAAAUUAUCAUCCAAAAGCAGCCGGGGGAGAAGCUUGGCAUCAGUAUUCGCGGGGGGGCCAAGGGUCAUGCUGGAAACCCCUUUGACCCCACAGACGAGGGAAUCUUUAUCUCAAAGGUGAGUUCAAGUGGAGCAGCAGCCAGAGACGGCCGUCUGCAGGUCGGCCUGCGGAUCCUUGAGGUGAACAACCAUAGCCUCCUGGGGAUGACGCACACAGAGGCAGUGCGAGUUCUUCGUGCUGUGGGAGACUCCCUGGUCAUGUUGGUGUGCGACGGAUUCGACCCAUACAAAGUGGCUGCUGUGGAGGCAUCUCCUGGCAUCAUUGCCAACCCGUUUGCUACAGGCAUCGUACGCAAGAACAGUAUGGAAAGCAUCUCUUCUAUAGACCGAGAUCUGAGCCCAGAGGAGAUGGACAUCAUACAGAAGGAGUCUGAGAUGGUGAGAGAGACAUCCCAGUGGGAGCGAGAAGAGAUGGAGAAAGUGGAGCGAAUGCGCUUGGAGCGUGAGGAGGCAACUCGCCUGCUAGAAGAGGAGACUGAGAAGAUUGGCACUGGACCUCUCAAACUCGACUACAAAACCCUGGCUGCACUUCCCACCACCAGUCUCCAGAAGGUCAACAGGUUCUCUACUGUGACUGCUCCCAUGGAGGCCCCCCUGCAGGCCCCUUUAGAGCCUUUGGGCUUCAGCUUAGGUCACCCAACAAAACCUCUCAGCCACAUGGACCCCGAGUCCCGCCCCAGUCUUAACACAGAGCACGAUUACCUCAAUGGAUCUAAUGGGAUGUCCACUGCUGAGAGUGCUGGCGCGUUCACAACCACCCAUUCAACAACAUUUGUACCUGAAGAAGAGGAGUGUCUGGUGGACUCUCAGCCUAUGUGCUUCAAAGAGAACCCUUUCUUGGUGGCCAAUCGCAAAGGAAAAGGCCUUCCCUUUGGAGAGCAGCUCCUCUCAGGGCCUCCUGUGGGCUACGGGAGACAAGGCCAACUGCAACCAUGGUUGUUCAGCAAGGCACCUUCCUCUGAUUUCACCAGAACAGACAGUCCCAUCAGGGAAACGCCCUCUCCAACUAUCCAACCGGCAAACAUUCAUUACACCUCCACUCCCACUGCCAAGGACAUCACUUCAUUAUCAACACGACCCGGUGCCAUCCAGCCUGUUGGUCGCACACGGCCAAGUACCUCCCCCGCCACUCCAGAUGGCCACAGUCCCAACCCCUUUCAGCAUGGCCCCUCCCCCUUCAACUCCCAGACCUCUCCUUGUGCCCCCUCCCCAACCUCGCCUGAAGAGUUCCCCAUGAAUGUCAAGCAGGCAUACAAGGCGUUUGCCGCCGUGCCUCGCUCACUGGCAGUGCUGGAGCCGUCGCAGGAUCCGUAUGGUGUGAGGAACAAUUUUCAUCCAAUGCAACUUUCUCCAGAGCCUGAGUUGAACAACGAGGUGUUUGAUGAUGACAUAGAUGGUCAGGAGGGAGCUGGUAAAGGUCUGACCAGCAAGGUCUCCCCGCGUCGGGAGUAUAUGAGCCUGGCCGCAGUGCCCCGUCUCUCCAGGCCUCCAGUGGACCUGCAGAGUCCGUCUCCUAGUGGUAAGGACAGCCCAGAGCAGCGCUCCUUCAGAGACAGACAGAAGUAUUUCGAGAUUGAUGUGAAGCAGCAGACUCCUGAAAAACCCAAACCUCGCGUCUCUCUUGUUGGAGAGGAUGACCUCAAGAAAAUGAGGGAGGAAGAAGAGAGGAAGUUUGAGCAGCGGGCGCAGGAGUAUCUACUGGAUGAAGAUGAGGAGGAUGAGGAGGAGGACUUGGCUAAACAUGUGGCUCAGAUGAAGGUUACUGGCAAAGUGUUGCUGGAUGGUGUGGAGUAUAAUGUGGAGCCAGUGUCCACCCCACCGCAGCACUGCUCCACACCUCCCAGCUACAACGUCACACCACCCAGCUACUGUGGCAGCUCAGGACCCUCCUCCGUUGAUGGUAAGGGAGACUCACAGAGGAAUUCAUUGGAGGAAAGCUUCAGGCUGGAACAGAGGCCCAACUCCAUGUCUGGUCUGAUCCCAGUGUACCCCGGGGAGUCAGCGGCCCCCAUUCGCACAGCCAAAGCAGAGCGCCGACAUCAAGAGAGACUUCGUAUGCAGAGCCCCGAGCUGGCUGUGGCCCUGGACAAGGACCUGUCCCCUGCUGAGAAACGAGCUCUGGAGGCUGAGAAGAGAGCCAUGUGGAGAGCAGCACGACCCUAUGGCCUAGAGGAGGAUGUUAGGCAGUAUGAGCAGGACCUGGCUAAGAGGCUCUACCAGGCCCGAGUGAGGGCCUCUCAGGGCACGGCCCCCCAGCCCCCCAGCUCUUCCUCCUCCUCCUCUGCAGCCUCCCAGCUCAGUAUGAAGUCUCUAGAGCAGGAUGCCCUGAAGGCUCAGAUGGUCAUCGCCAAGUCUCGGGAUGGGAAGAAACGUGGGACGCUCGACCAGUUGACAGAGUCGCCAUCGCCGGCCCCGACCCCCUCUCCCACUCCUUUGGAAGAGCUCAGUCCUCGUGGACUAACCUCUCCAGGCAGGCUGUCCCUGUCGUCAAAGAAGUUUGACUACCGACAGUUUGCUGCCAUUCCUUCUUCCAAACCCGUAUACGACAUCCAGUCUCCUGACGCAGUAGAGGAAAUGCAGUUCAUCGACGAUGGCUCCAGCAACCCGGGGCCCGCUGCAGACCCCGAGGCAGAGGUUGCUGCCCAGCUGCCUGCCACCUCUGCCCUGGAGGAGAUGGCCUUGUACAGCAACAAGCGCAAACUGAGGCAGGGUCGUCGUAGCCUGGAAACCGCCGUGCCCACGUAACACGUCACACGGAGAGAAGAAACCUGAAUGGAGUCACUAAACACUACAGUGUCAGUAGCGCGAGACUUACUCUCACAUAUAUAACCACUACAGAGCUUGAUAGUUACACACACACACACACACACACACACACACACACACACUAAUAUCCUGCGUGCAAGUCUUGCCUCUACAGUUUGGGGGUGAGUGGGCAAGUUGCUCCGCAGUCCCUCGAGGGUAACAAAGAGCUUGUGUGGUUAGCUAGGGUCGCUGCUACUUGCACUCUUUUUUUCUUUCAAUCCAUACUUUGCCUAGAAGACGUGAACCUAUUUUAACAAGGUGACAGAAAUCUUUCUUUUUUUUAAUUUUAUUCUUUAAAUGAAACCUACUGGAAGAGAAAAGAAAUGGGUUAUAGCUACACUAACUUCUUGAAUGAUAUUUUUAGACUUCCAGUGAAUAGAUUGUAAAAUGUCAAGGGUCUUUCAGACGGGUGGAGCGUACAUACUAACCGAGGGAACAUCUCGCUACCUUCAGUCACACAUUGUGGAGAGCUUUUUUAAAAAAACAGUACAUAUCAUGUUUGCACUGCCACUGAUUAGCUUUUUAAGAACAUAUUUUUACUAAUUUAUUGUUUUACUCUAAUUGAAGGCCUUCUAUUUUACACUGUUUUAAUCCUUUUGGGGUCAAGACCAUGACUGAGGGGAAUCAUGUCCGACCAUUAUCAUCAAGACAAAGCUUUCAACUCAUGAAUUGCAUAUUACUUAAGCAUUAAAUCUACUUUAUCAACACUUGACUUAACCAGGGAGUUUGAGUCAAGCAUUUCUAAAAUGUAGAUUUGGUAAUGGGUCACAUACUGAAGUGUUGGUGUCCAGCUGUAUAUUCUAUGUUACAUUCCCCCUGUAGAGAAUAUGACAGACUGGUCAUUUUACAACUACUCCAAAGUUCAGAAUACUGAAUAUCAAAGUUUGGGAACAUUACUCAUUUGCUAAUUCACGGUACUUACCCUUCCUUGUUUAGGGUUAUUUUUAUAUUCAACCAAUGUGAAUCAUUAAUUUUCUAUCCUUGCUUUAUCUGGAGGAAUUCCAGAGUGACGUGAAGGUAGCAGGUGUUUUAUUUUUCUGUCUUUGGUUAAUUUAAAUCUGAUGCCACUGAAAAUAUCAUGUAUUGCUGUGUGAAUAAUGUACAAAUACUGAAAGAAAAGGCAAACUUUGGGUUUGGGACCCAGUCUUCACUUCUGGGUUUGAACAGGUUUGGUGUUGGGACACUCUCUGCAUGUAUAUUGGUUUGUUAAUGGGAGAGCUGCGAGAGGCAUAACCGAUCAGAACUUCCUCUUAAGAUAUUGAUGACACUCGGCUCACUGCUUGACAUACUGUUAGUUUACAUAUCUGACAGGUAUUUUUGCAAAAUCACAGCAUAGUAGCAUUUGUGUUAAUUUAAUGUAGGGUCUUCUAAUUCUAGCUUUCCGUGUUGCUCUCACUGACUGAAAUUCAGUUUGUUUGAUAACAUUUUCAAUGGCUGAUAUCUUUUUUUUAAACUUGCAGUAGGUAAAUCUUUUUCAGGCGGGUUUCACUUCAUUAAUAAUGCAGUGUUUUAAGUUUGUGUUUAUUCUUUUGUCUUGAGUUCUAUUUGGGGGCUUUUACUUGCAAAAUAGGUUGGAGGGAACGGGUCAAAAUGUAGAGCUCAUACAAGACUGUAACUAGUGAAUUUGUACAACCAAAGAAGUCUAUUUUGUCGUUCAGGAAUAAUAAAUUUUACUUUUCAUUUAAGAAGUUGA